AGGGAAAGCGGACUCGCUCAGUGACAGGCCAAGUAACAGCUUCCCCGUCACGCACGCACGCGCUUCACUCUCCUUCCUCCCUCGAUCUUCUCUUCCUCCCAUUUUCAAGCAAAAACAUAGGCGUAAAGGAGCCGCAGAAUUCGAAUCGAUUCGUUGGAAAUAUUCAACGAAUAUACAAAUCUACAUUCACACAGCAGAUUCUUGCUAAAGAUGGAUUCCUCUUGCUGUUUUGCCUUGGGGAAAAAUCCUACUCUGCCAAAAGAGCGUUUCAAGAAUGUAGCAAACAGGUUUUGGGGUGAGAAGAUUAAGGGAAGCUCAAACAACAAUGAUUUUGUAAACCCUUUUGCAUCAGAUUUGAAAUCCAACAAGACUGGGAGUAGAAAGUUCAGGCCUGGUGUUGCUUACGCUGUUGCCACUUCAAAGAAUGCCAAAGAGGCUCUGACAAUACAACCUUCACUGUUCGAGAGACGAAAGGCAGACCCGAAAAAUGUGGCUGCAAUCAUAUUGGGAGGUGGGAAUGGUGCUCAACUCUUCCCUCUUACAAAAAGAUCAGCCACUCCAGCUGUCCCUGUGGGAGGAUGCUACAGGCUGAUUGAUGUCCCGAUGAGCAAUUGCCUUAACAGCAACAUAAACAAGAUUUUUGUGUUGACUCAGUUCAACUCGGCUUCCCUUAAUCGCCACCUUGCCCGUACUUAUUUUGGGAAUGGCAUAAACUUUGGAGAUGGUUUCGUGGAGGUGCUGGCUGCUACACAAACACCAGGGGAAGCAGGAAAGAAGUGGUUCCAAGGAACAGCUGAUGCUGUGAGAAAAUUUCUGUGGGUGUUUGAGGAUGCCAAGAACAGGAAUAUCGAGAACAUACUCAUCUUGUCUGGGGACCAUCUCUAUAGAAUGAACUACAUGGACUUUGUCCAGCACCAUGUAGAUAGAAAUUCCGAUAUCACACUUUCAUGCGCAGCCGUAGGUGAAAGCCGGGCCUCGGAUUAUGGUCUAGUGAAGAUUGAUCGGGGCGGGAAUGUGAUCCAGUUCUCCGAGAAACCAAGGGGUCUCGAUCUGAAAGCAAUGCGUACGGAUACUGCUAUGCUUGGAUUGUCGCCUCAAGAAGCAACAAAGUCACCGUAUAUUGCAUCUAUGGGAGUUUAUGUUUUCAAAACCGAGGCCUUGUUGAAGCUCCUAACAUGGAGGUAUCCUACUUCCAAUGACUUUGGAUCUGAAAUCAUUCCUGCUGCCAUAAGAGAUCACAAUGUGCAGGCAUAUUUCUUCCGAGAUUACUGGGAAGACAUCGGAACUAUAAAGACAUUCUACGAGGCUAACUUAGCCCUUGCUGAGGAGCAUCCAAAGUUUGAGUUUUAUGACCCGGAUACACCUUUCUACACUUCUCCUCGAUUUCUACCGCCAUCCAAGAUCGAGAUGUGUCGGAUUGUCGAUUCGAUAAUUUCACACGGAUGUUUCCUGAGAGAAUGCAGCGUUCAACGCUCCAUUGUGGGUGAACGGUCACGUCUGGAUUAUGGUGUUGAUCUUCAGGAUACUGUGAUGUUGGGUGCGGAUUAUUACCAAACUGAAUCUGAAAUUGCUUCUCUGCUGGCUGAAGGAAAUGUUCCAAUAGGCAUUGGAAGAAACACGAAAAUCAGGAAAUGCAUCAUUGACAAGAACGCUAAGAUAGGAAAAGACGUGAUGAUAGUAAACAAAGAUGAUGUUCAAGAGGCGGAUAGGCCUGAUGAAGGGUUCUACAUUCGGUCCGGGAUCACUGUGAUAGUUGAAAAGGCCACCAUUGAAGAUGGCACUGUCAUAUAAAACCGGCUUCAGAGGUAAUAUCUUCGCCAUGGAUGUCGGAACUAAACGAUCUCCAAAGCUAUUGUGAAAGUACUCAGAACGAAACAGAUAAGCCAAGCCGACCACAAUCUAAAGCAGGAAGUUUCAGGAAUUUUGCUGGAGACGAAGAGGAAAAAAGCUGCGAUCUUCUGAUAAUGGAUGUAAAUUAGAAGUGAGCUCUCAGCUUAUAAUAAGUGUUAGAAGUAAAGAAGGGUAGCUGGUAAAGUAAUAAACCGGAGGGGGACGACCGGAGCUCCGGCGCCGGCGAGUUUAUGGACAUUUUGUAAUGUUCAAUCUGUGAUGCUCUUUGUAUGAUGACCUAAGUUAAAUCACAUAUGUUAUCAAUUUUUCGGUUUAAACCGGUUAUUGAA